AUGCCCGUCCCCCCCCCCCCCCGUCGCGGCUGUUCGCGUGUGCAGCGGCGGUCGCUGUGUGGGGAAGAGGGAAACGGGGAAGGGAGUGGCGGCGGAUCGCUGUGGGGGGGAAGAGGGCAAAGGGGAAGGGAGUGGCGGCGGAACGCCAGCGACGACCGCCAGCGCACCGGCGAUCCCACAUCACCUGCUGCUGCAACCCGUCGCCCGCGCGCUGCCCGGGGUGUGGGUGGUGAGAGUUCAACUGCAGCAUCAUCCGCCUCCUCCUCCUCUCAUCCCUUGCUGCGCGUGCCUUGCUGUCCACCCGUGAUUCUGCCCGUGAUUCUGCCCGUACUGCUGCCCGUGAUUGUGCCCGUGAUCAUACCCGUGUGUUGCCCGUAUUUUGCCCGUGUUCUGCCCGUGAUCCUGACCGUGAUUCUGCCCGUGAUUCUGCCCGUGUUGUCGCCCGUGAUUUUGCCCGUGAUUUUGCCUGUCAUCCUGCCCGUGUUGCUGCCCGUUCCCGUGCCAUACUGCCCGUGCCCACCCGUGUCUCCCGUUGCUGCCCUUGUUCUACCCGCGCCCAGUGUCCCCCGUUCUGCCCGUGCUGCCUGUUCUGCCCGUGCUGCCCCGUUGUGCCCGUGUUGCCCCGUUCAGCCCUUGUCCUGCCCCGUUCUUCCUGUGCAGCCCCGUUGUCCCCGUGUUGCCCCGUUCGGCCCGUGUUCUGCCCUGUUCUGCCCGUGUUGCCCUGUUCAGCCCGUGUCCUGCCCCGUUCAGCCCGUGUUCUGCCCUGUUCUGCCCGUGUUGCCCCGUUCAGCCCGUGUCCUGCCCCGUUCUGCCCGUGUUGCCCCGUUCAGCCCGUGUUGCCCCGUUCUGCCCGUGUUGCCUUGUUCAGCCCGUGUCCUGCCCCGUUCAGCCCGUGUUCUGCCCUGUUCUGCCCGUGUUGUCCCGUCCAGCCCGUAUCCUGCCCCGUUCAGCCCGUGUUCUGCCCUGUUCUGCCCGUGUUGCCCCGUUCAGCCUGUGUCCUGCCCCGUUCUGCCCGAGUUGCCCCGUUCAGCCCGUGUCCUGCCCCGUUCUGCCCAUGUUGCCCUGUUCUGCCCGUGCUGCCCGUUUGUGCCCUACCUGUGCUGUCCGUACCCGUUCGUGCCCCACCCGGUCUGUGCUGCCCGGUCUCGUGCUGCUCGUCACCCCCGUGCGGCCCGUCCCGUACAGCACCUAGUUGCUACCCGAACCCGCUACCCGUACCCGUGCUCCUCGCACACCGUGCACCAGCUGCGGGGCGUUCAACCGCAGCCGGGCACCUGUUCCACCGCGGUGGUUCAGAUGCUGCUUGGUGGUUGCUGCUUGUCAGCUUCAGAGGGGGCCCCUUGCUGGUGUUCCCACGCCCUGUAA